UAACCCGUCACUGAGCCAUCUGUCCUUUGCUUUCUGCCUCUGUAGUGGGAACAGCCAUGGCCUGGAGUCUCCGCGGGAAAGCCCAGCUUGGAGGACUGCUCCUCUCUCUCCUUGGCUGGGUCUGCUCCUGUGUCACCACCAUCCUACCGCAGUGGAAGACUCUCAGUCUGGACCUGAAUGAAAUGGAGACCUGGGUCAUGGGACUUUGGGAGGUCUGCGUGAAUCAGGAGGAAGUUGCCGUGUGCAAGGCCUUUGAGUCCUUCUUGUCUCUGCCCCAGGAGCUCCAGGUAUCCCGCAUCCUGAUGGUAGCCUCCCACGGGCUGGGGCUACUGGGGCUUCUGCUCUCUGGCUUUGGGUCCGAAUGCUUCCAGUUGCACAGGAUCAGAUGGGUAUUUAAAAGGCGGCUUUGUCUCCUGGGAGGGACUCUGGAAGCAUCAGCUUCAGCCUCUACCCUCCUCCCAGUCUCUUGGGUGGCCUACGCCACAAUCCAAGACUUCUGGGAUAAUAGCAUCCCUGAGAUUGUGCCUCGCUGGGAGUUUGGAGAUGCCCUCUACCUGGGCUGGGCUGCUGGGAUUUUCCUGGCCCUCGGUGGGUUAUUCCUCAUCUUCUCAGCCUGUCUGGGAAAAGAAGAUGUGCCCUCCCUCCAGAUGGCUGGCCCUACAGCCCCACCAUUCUAUGCCCCAGCAGACCAGUCCAGUGACUCCUUCUAUCUAACACCAAGAGCCAGGAACCUAUUCAUCUAGCAACUGCUCCUGCCAAGGAACCUGUGGAAUAAAGGAAUGUCGGUA